AUGGAACCCCAGGAGUCCGAGGAGCGCAAUGCGACAUUAGACAGACCUUGGAUGCCAUGGACGUUGCGAAUCCCAUUCUUGUGUUCGUUGGCCGGAUUUUUCCUCCUUUUCGCCAUCGCACUCGAAAUUCUUCGUCAAGUUUCGGAACGCAAUCAUGGUCUGGUUAUCUACAAAACGAUCGAUGAGAUACCGAAAGUCAUCUCCGGGGCCUAUAUUUAUGUCCCUGUCUCCAUGUCUGUUCUGGCGGUAACUUUGUGGCAAUUUUUCGUUGGCGAUGCUCUUCGAUUGGAACCUUACUUUCAGUUGGCCAGACUAGAGGGUGCACCGGCAACGGUCCUUUUCACGAAUUACAACUUCUCUUUUGGUGUCAUGGCUUCUGUCGCCGCAGCCCGCAACCGCCACUGGCUGAUUUUCGUGAUCUCCACCCUGUCAAUCAUCUUUCGCAUCUUCCUCCCUUCUCUACUAUCAGGGCUGGUGGUGUUGACGGAGACAUCCGUGGUUCAAUCACGUGAUGUUUCAAGUUGGCCGAAGUUACUCGACCAAGACACCCAGAAGAAGUGGUUUGCCGCUGAGACUAUACGUUACGCCAAUACUUCUGCGAUGAGCACCACGGAUGAGUUCUUUCUGUCUCGUUCCUCUGAUUAUGCCACGGCGACAGUAUCCAUGCCUCUUGACGAGAACGAGACCUCGGUCUUAUCUACACACCAGACAGUGUAUUGGAGCGAGCUAGUCUGCCAGAACGUGUCCCCCAAGAACAUCACAUGGGUACAACAGACAACUACGAAUAAAGAAACAGACCACGAUAGCCGCAACCUGACACAGUGGCGCGCAACGCAAAUCAAGUUUGCUGCGGGUGAAAAAGAUCAUCCGUGCACUAUCAACUUCGCUCUCAACACGACCACCCCUGGACAGAGUGGUCCGCUCCAACUACAAUACUGGGAGCCUCUACGUGCUCAGUCAAGGCUGGGUGAAGAUUCGGCAUUUCAAACGAGCCAUUGUGAAAGCCACGCGCUCCUCGGCUUGCUGAUUGAUAUCAAUGAUAACCAUGAAGAUGCCACCAAACAUUCAUCUAAUGCUACAGCCUUUGUGUGCAAUGCGAUCUAUCGGUCAGCUGAGGCUGGGCUUAAGUUCGACGUCAACGCAUCAAUCACUGAAGCUACAGUUGACUUUUCUAGUCAAAGGGACUUACGAGAAGCGGAAUUCUUCCACCCAGGCUUCUAUGAUCUACUCUACCGCAAAAGCCGCUGGCCCUUAAGUUCCAGAUCUCAGACGCAGAAUGAUAUGAUGGAAAGUCCUGCCAAAUUGGCUCCUGCCGGCCUUGUUGCAAAUUUGGACCAAGAGAAGUGGAUUGAUUUCCUCGAAUACCAAAAUGAAAUAAUUGGCUUUUGGAACAACCAAUUUAUCAUCUAUUUGAACAAAUUUUUUGACGCCAAUGAUCCAAUCUCUAUGAAAGCCAGUCAGGUCACAGUCGUCGUUGCCCUUGAUGUCUUAUCCAAGCCCGCCAUUAUGUCCGAAGCUUUACUUUUUGCUGCUGCCACUUUGCUCUUCUUGCUCGCAGUUGUAUAUUCGCGCCGUGCAAAUUUCCUUCAAAGCGACCCUGGAUCAAUAGCAGCACAGUGCGCAAUCAUUUCAAAGCUGUUCACCACAGAUAAUCCUCUAACCCAAUCGAGUGAAAAAUUCAGUCACGCCACCUCCCGGCAACUUCUUCGAUGGGCACGGAAUUUCCGGUGUGAAUGGGCAGACAGCUCAGGUAGCAAGCGGAUUAAUAUAGUCCCACUGUCUCCCAGUAUGUCCAAUAGGGUGUUGGAACUGCCAGUGGCUCGCAGACGCACAGACCCGAGGCCCCAUUUCGUCAUUCUGCCAUUGUUUUUGGUAGAGUGUACGUUGUUGACUGGCACCCUGGUUAUGUAUGGAUUUGCGCUGAGCGAUUUGUCCCUCAAAGACAUCAAUAACGCUCAGUCAAACAAGCAAUUUGUGUUGAUGGUAUUCUUGCUAUGUGGACCGACAUUUAUAUCCUCCUUGGUUAGUUCUCUACUUGCUUCCUUGGUGCGGCAUUUGGCUAUCAUCGAGACCUGGGGACGCCUGCAGCAGGGCAUGGCUGGUAUAAGACAGUCUUUAGCAAAGAACUAUGGCUCACUCCUCCCUAUAUCUAUUCUUUUCCACAAUCUCUGUCAAGGGCCUUUGCUGCUCACGGCUGCGUCCAUCCUCUGUACACUGGGCUUGGUCCUUACAAUUGUGAGCGGCGGUAUGUUCGAGCAACAAAUGAAGUUGUACAGCCAACCGGCUACCGGUCUAAAUGCUGAAUACAAUGGCACCAUGCUUGAUUCCCCCACUGCUGAUCUGCAAUUUGAUGGAGUUGGCUUGAUGAUGAUGAGCAUGAAUAGAGGUACGCCGAUUUUGCCUUGGCAAGAUGCAACGCACUCGUUUCUUCCCUUGGCCAACACCAAUCUGGAAGCCAAUCAAGACAGCAAUGUCAACUAUGCAGCUGUCACGGUAGGAAUUGGAGCGAGCCUCCGUUGCCAUCAAGUCUCUUUUGAUCAGUCAUCGAUUGAAAAUGGCUCCGGAAAGAAAAGCUGGAAUUAUACAAGCCCAUCCGGUCUGGCCUGCGCGGUGGAAGCUCCCAACAGAGCGAAAAGUGGGUUGAUCAAAAGAUCCAUUUCCUAUCUUGAACCAAUCGACGUUUCUGCCGCAAAAACUGGCUGCCAAUCGACAGUAUUUGUGCUUGCUCGCUGGGAGACGAUGGAAUCCUCGCCUAUAAACUCGCAAAACUCGGUGGCACUGUCAUGUGAACCCUCUAUUGGGGCAGACGAGUUCGAAGUCGCAUUCGACCAAAAAGGCAUAAUAUUGUCCUCCAAACCCACAACAGCCUCAGCCAUGCAUGGUGGGCACACAGCGCAUAAUUUAUCACUUUCUACCGUGACGCACUUCAACCGGGCGAUCCUAAGCACCAUUGGAUCAUAUAGCCCUCUUGAAAAUGCGUCGUUUUCCCACUAUGACUGGCCCGGUAUGAUGACCGUACACACUUACGACGGUCUUUAUCCUAGCUCGCAGCUCUCUUUUCACCCCAGCUCCUUAAUAAGCGCUACACAGUCAACAUAUCAGCAGAUCUUUAGUGCCUACCUCACUUUCAACCGGGACCUCUAUUUCGAACGGUACGCAGAAUCAGCUGCACCCAGCGUUGAGGGGACCGCUUUGACUAGUCUUUGGGGCUUGUUUCCCUCAGCCGUCUCCAUCAUCAUCGCACUGGUUCUCUUGUCACUAGAUAUCUUGAUAGUGGUCUUUGUCUUUGCUACACGCUCUAGCUAUUUCCGUGCUCCUCGAAUCCCUGCAUCACUCGGAUCCUUGAUCCCAUGGGUUGCCGGGAGCGAGAUGAUGGCCGAUCUUCGAGCAAUGCCACUGAUAGGGAAGUAUGGGUCGCAAGGAGCUUGGGAGCAGCAGGACGAUAGGUUUUACCGGUUUGGUCUUUCUCCUGAUUUGAAUGGUCAUAAAAGAUGGCUGCUUGACUAUCAGCACUCGGGUCUGCAAGAGGUUGGCAGUGAACUUACCCAGGUGCCUAUUCACGACCAGUCUUCGUCUGGGCAAAUUGUUGGCAGUGAGGCCAUUGCUUCACCAAAUAAUUCACCAUGGUCAUUUUCAGGAAUUAUUCAACGUACUGUGAAAUCUGCAAGAUGGUGGGCAAAAAGAUCGCCAUUGCCUCCCUAG